AGAUAGGCUAUAUAAGUAACCUGAUCAAGGUCCGUAAGGCCACAUUAGUGAGGCGAGUUGAGUAGAGAGAGACCCACAGUCGCCAUGAAGACAAUCAUUGUGGUAACACUGACGCUACUGGCAGCAGUAAGUGCAGCCCCUCAAUACAGGGGACAACCUCAAGGACAGUACAGCACCCCCAUCCCAAUCAUUAGCCAGUAUUCAGUCAUCAACCCUGAUGGAUCAUAUCAAUACAGUUAUGAAACUGGUAACGGCAUCUCUGCUCGAGAAGAAGGCUUCCUCAAGAACGCAGGCAAUCCUGAGACAGAGGCUCAGGUCGCGCAAGGUCAGUUCUCCUACACGGGGGAUGACGGGAUCCCCAUCAGUCUGACGUACACGGCAGAUGAGAAUGGCUUCGUGGCACAAGGGGCUCACCUGCCCACACCGCCUCCAAUCCCCCCCGCGAUCCAGCGCGCCCUGGAUUUCCUGGCAAGACAGCCUCAGCUACAACCUCAGCCAGACUUCAGUCAAAGCAGGAGACCGAACUACGGACGGAAAUGAGACCCAACACCCGGAACUCGGGUCACUGUCUAAUUUAAUUUGUAACUUCGAAUAUGUCUAAUUUUUUCAUGAUUCCAGCCCAUGAUAAUUCGGCAUAAGCCCGAACAUAAGGCGAAUUAUUUACUGCUUCAUAGUAUUAUGUCGCCUUAUUUUCAGGCUUUUAAGAAUAAAUACGAAAAUGAUUAUGAUGAUUUAUAUAUUGUAAUUGCUUAUUCUAACGAUAAUUGUGAAAAUAUAUAGAAUUAUAUUUAAGGUAUUAAA